AUGGCUAAGAAAAGUCUUAACCCAGCAGAUGCUCACCGCAAAGCCUUGCGCAAAAAAGAACUCAAAAAGAACAAGGCCGAGCGUUCUAAAGCUCGUGAUUUUGCACUAGUGAAGAAAGAUACUACAGAUCUUGAGAAUACUAUCAAGGAAUUCGAAGAGAGUCGCGCAGACCCUGUCAAACUCGCGGAAUUAAAGGCAGAACUCGAAAAAAUCAACAAAAAGAAAGCCGAAUAUGUUGCAGAACAUCCCGAGCAAAGGCGACUGGUGUAUCGACGACGUAAAGAAGGAGAGCCUGAGCCUGAACUGCCUACCAAGAAGAAACGCAAUCUAUUCAACAAAAAUGGCCUUCCUCGUCACCCAGAACGCAGUAUCUACUAUGACCCAAUCAUGAAUCCAUUUGGAGUUGCUCCUCCUGGAAUGCCAUACCUAGAAAGAGCGUUACUACCUGGUGAGGUGGACAGCGAAGCCGAGGAAGAUGAGGAUGAGGACGAUGACGAUGACGAUGUUCCAUUGCCUCAGGGUCUUCCGCCUGGUACAGAAGAAGUUCAUAGUGACGACGAUAUCCCGAUGCCGGAUGGACCCCUACCGGGUCGAGAAGUAAAUGAAGACGAAGAUGAAAACAUGUUGCCUCCGUUAUCUCAUCCCCUUCCCGUAGGAUUACCUCCGCCUCCGCCUUCUGGCUUGCCUUCAAAUACUGGUCCGGGAAGUACAUUACCUCCCCCGCCCCCACCUCCUCCCGGAUUCCAAAUUGUGGGUGGACCUAUGCCAUUCCCUCCCCCUCCUCCCCCUUUUCCUCCGGGAUUUAAUACGGCUGCACUACCUAAUUCGUACCCACCACCACCUCCUGGACCUCCUGGAUGGAGUGGCAGUAUCCCCCUUCCACCACCGCCUCCUGGUUUCUCUCAAUUUCUGCAGACUUCGAUUCCUCCUUUUCCUCCAAAUGCGUUUCCUCCCCCUCCUCCUAAAUUUUUACCUCGAAAUCAAAGUGCAUCUGCAAUGCAAGAUCCCUUAUCGUCUGUUCCUCAUCAAACUUUCCAAGCCCAUAGAGCCAGCCAACUUGCUCCUCCCCAUCCUUCUCUGCCCGCUAAUCCCAAUCCAAAGGCUACUCCAACCCUGCCGCCUAACCCUUCAUUACCUCCCAGACCGACGGCGGCUGCAGAGUUGGCGGCUGCAACAGUUUUUUCUGCACCUCAACUUCGUGACUUUAAGAAGGAAGCGACUGCGUUUGUUCCUACGGCUGUAAAGCGUAAGAAAGCGCCAGCUGGUUCUAGUUCUAAAGUCAAUGCUGCACCUGUGAUUAACUCGUCAGCACCAUUGGUCGAAGACUCAGGAGAUGCUGAGACUUCACCUGCUCGGCCCGAUCUUGUAAAUGCUCUCAAGAACCAAUUUGGACCUGCUCCUCCGAAACCUACGACACCUAUGAAGUCUGCAAAGAGUGACUACGAUAAAUUUGUGGAGGAAAUGGGAGAUAUUUUAGACCCGAAACUUCCACUUGGGCCAGUGGACGACCCUACUAAAUCUUACCUUGAAGUAAGGGAGGAUGCAGGCCCUCAAGAUCUUGUUUGGUUCCCACGCGGGGCAAUUACGGAAUGUGGGGAACGAGCCUCCAUGAGCCCAACCGGAACUGCGAUUCUUCUCCGACCAAGACCAUAUGCCAGCUUUUCGGGGGCCCUUCUCCUCCUUCCCUUACUACCCCAGCCAAAACCAGUGAAACCUCUGCCAUCUGAGAUAUGGUCAGAGAUAUUUGAGUUUGCCUUCGCUGGGUAUUCGGGGAGGAGCGGAACAAAACCAUGGGCUUGGUCUACCUUGACGAUUUCCAAAAGCUUUAGUGCACUAAUUCUCCCUCUACUUUACGCGUCUAUCAACCUUUCUAAUAUCAAAAGCAUUGAAUUGUUUUCCAACCAACUCCAUAUUGCGGACCGCAAAUGGGACUCUAUACGACGCAUCCCUUACUCAACACCUGGACGAUGGGUCCAAAGCUUAGAUCUUUCGGAACUAACUUUUGAGGGUCAAGCCCAAGCUGUUCUUCUUGAUAGGAUCCUCACACGCCUAUUUCCCUUGAUCCCAUUCCUCUCAACACUCUCUAUCAACCCUGCUUUCGUUUUGAGUAGCGGAGCAUUGUUGUCGUUGGCGCGACGAGAAGGCUCGAUCAAUCUUCGGUCCAUCUCUGGUCUUAGUUAUAUCCCCCCACAGAACGCCGAACCGGACCUAGACCCCUUCGUGCAGCUUCUCAGACUCACCCCCAACCUGGAAAUAUUGAUUGUCAUCGGUCAGGGACUGGACCCUACCGAACUUGAGAUUCCAUUCCAAGGAGUAGAAUUACCCUCUAUGACAAACUUUGUGCCUCUUUCUCUCCCUAAACUGCAGGUGUUAUCAAUUUUAUCAAUGCACUCCUCGCCUCUCAUGCUCGCUCUACUUCAUUCACCUCUUCCUCGUUUACGGAAACUAACUUUGACUCCCUACGAGGAUAUUCCGUAUCCAGCGUCUUUGGCUUCACAUUUCAUUGACAUUCAUGGGUCCCGCUUGACUUCUCUACUGCUAUUUACGCCUAAGUCGUGGCCGACGCGGCUGCGCCCCUCACCAACAAACUUACUGGCAUGUGCACCUGAUCUUAAUCACCUUUCAUUGGAAAUUCCUCUUCCUCCGUUAACUCUUUCCGAUAAACAUGGCCUCAAGAUUCUCUCCAUUCCUCGCCCAACGGCCGAGUUCUGGCGAGUUCUUGAACGACUUCUCCCUUUACUUCCCAACCUAGCAGUACUACAUACAAGGGACAUACGUUGGCUGCCAAAGGGUAUUUCGAACGUGGCACAGGAGGCUGGAGUUCAGGGAGAAAUGAAAGAAUGGAAACGACGCCUUGGCCGAAGGCGAAUCCAGCUCCUUGAUUGUGACUGGCAAUAA